GGCGUGUGGGACCUUCCCGGAUCAGGGCUCGAACCCGUGUCCCCUGCAUUGGCAGGCAGAUUCUUAACCACUGCGCCACCAGGGAAGCCCCAGCCUUGGCACUUUGGAUGCCUUGGGGCAGAUAAUUGAGAGAUGGGGGAGAGCUGUCCUAUAUAUUUUCGGAUGUUUAGAAUUAUUCCUGUUUUCUACUCCCCAGAUGCCAGUAGCAUACUCCUGCUGCCCCAAUUUUAACAAGCAGAAGUGCCUCCAGACACAGCCUGGUAUCCCCUGGAGAACAAAAUCACCCCAGUUGAGAACCACUGCUGUACAGGACCAUGAUGAGGGCACACCAUGAACAUUUUCAGGGCGUGAGGGUGGGGAGGAGAGCAAGGGGGCUGGAUGAGAGAGAUGAUAAAGGGAUAAUGUUUCUGAGAUGAGAAGAAAGGGCGUCCAAAGCCUGCAACAUGGGUAGGCUCUGAGAGGCACUCAUUCAUUGAGCAGUCAGAUGCCUGCCAUGGGCCAAGCACCUUGCUAGUCAGGAUGGACCAGGUUUCUACUCAUUGGAGCUUGCAUUUAGUAGAGAGAUGAAAUUAAAUUUAUAACAGGUGGCAGUAAUUAUUUUGAAAAGGAAAGCAGGGUGAAGGGAUUACAGGGUGACAGUGGGUGCUGUUUUCAGUGUCGACACCCAGGCUUCCCAUGGGCAUCUCAGUCAACUCCAAAGCCAAGAAUGGCCACCAUCAGUGACUCCUUGGAAUCCUUUGAUCAGGGAAUCUAAGGGUUUGGCUUUUCUCCUCCCCAGUGCUGAGGUCUGGACUCUUAACAGGGAGAGGUCAGAUCUCCAGCCCGCGACUGAGGCUUGGAGACUGGAGCAGUAGUUCUAAACUAUGGCCUUGCAUAUAAUUUAGAAAUCUUAAAAGAUAAAAAUAAGACAUGCCUGGACUCCAUCCCCAGAGAUUCUGACUUAAUGGUUCUGGCAAGGGGCCCAGCCAUCAGUAUUUAUUAAAAAGCUCCCAAGAGAUUCCUGUGUACAAACAGGGUUGAGAGCUACAGCUGUGAGAGUUUGUGGGCUUCUCAGAAUGAAAGAAAUUAAUUCUGAGUGCUUUCAGUAUCUUAUCAAAGGCAGUCCCUACAGCUGCACUUCCCUGCAAUAGGGACAUUCCUAGCCCCAUCCUACAAGUGAGGAAAUCAAAUCUGUACCUGUGCCAGCAGAGCAAGGGCAGAUCUGACAUUCAGAUGCAAAGCUUAUGUUUUCUGCUAUAGCUGGGCUUGGGUCUUUGGAGAAAGUACCUUUCUAUAUCCCCGGCCUCUGGGGCUGGCAGGUUCAGGAUAGAGGUGAUCUUAAAAUACUAGAUAGGUGGUAUAGCAAAAACAAACUCUGGCUGAACGGAGGCAAUGUGUGGGUGCAUUAAUGGCUGGCUUUCAGUUAUGUCAGGACCCACCCCAACUCAACACCCAGCACAGGCCCCCAGGAUCACAGGGGUGCUGUGCCCCAAGGGGAGGCAUGGCCACUGUCCAGUAACUCUUUUUAUUUUAAUUUAUUUAUUAUUAUUUUUUUUUGGCUGCAUUGGGUCUUCGUUGCUGCACGCGGGCUUUCUCUAGCUGCGGCGAUCGGGGGCCACUCUUCCUUGUGCACGGGCCCCUCAUCGCUGUGGCCUCUCCUGUUGUGGAGCACUGGGCUCCAGGUGUGAGGACCUCAGCAGCUGUAGCAGUGGGCUCUAGAGCGCAGGCUCAGCAGUUGUGGCACACGGGCCCAGUUGCUCCACGGCAUGUGGGAUCCUCCCAGACCAGGGCACAAACCCGUGUCCCCUGCACUGGCAGGCGGAUUCCUAACCAUUGUGCCACCAGGGAAGUCCCUCCAGUAACUCUUUAAGCUUGUUCUCAUCCAGGUUCUAGCCAUCCCUACCUUAGGAGCAGGAAUUUAGCUUUGUGCUAAAUUGCAAAGCCCCUUCCCACCCUAAGGUCUGGGACUCGGAAGAGAGGCCAGGUUUACAGCGCUGCCCUGACGUGGUGUGGGAUCCAGCCUCUUUAUUUGUGGUGGUGAUGGUGUUUUGAAAAGCACUGUGUGAGAAUUCUUACUUCGGCCCUCUUAGUGUCAGGCUUCCUUGAUGCGUGGUAUAUACUGAAUUAAAAAGGAAAAGGAAGGCAAGAAAUAACCGUGUGGCUGUUGCUGAAGAUAUCUCAUGUAAACUUUUAACAGCUAAGGGUGAAGCAGGUUUUGUUUACCCCAUUGCACAGCAGUGCUGAGUUCCUUGGAGAAAAUUAUUUUGUGGACAAGAAUCGUGCUCCUUCAACUUGGGGUGUGUGCCAAGGGCAAACAGCCAUGAGAAUCCACAGGAUGGAUGCGUUGCCACUUCCUGGAGCAAUCCAUUUUACUUGAGGAAUCAGAAGAGAAGAAUCUGCCCCACCUUCUCAGCACUCUGCCCCUCUUCAAAUUGAAAACCUCAAGGGGGAGGAAAGGAUGCCUGCUGCACGCGGGAAAUCCAAGUCCAAGGCACCAGUCACAUUUGGGGAUUUGGCCAUCUACUUCUCCCAGGAGGAGUGGGAAUGGCUGAGCCCCAUUCAGAAGGAUCUGUAUGAAGAUGUCAUGUUGGAAAACUACCAGAACUUGGUUUCUCUCGGACUUUCCUUUCGGAGGCCAAAUGUGAUCACCUUAUUGGAAAAAGGGAAAGCACCCUGGAUGGUGGAGCCAGUGAAAAGACGCCGGGGCUUGGACUUAGGGUCUAAAUGUGAGACCAAGAAGUUAUCUCCAUAUCAGUGCAACAAAUCUGGGCAAAGCAUCUAUCAGAAAGCAGUUUCUGCACCACAAAAAGUUCCCACAGGAAGGAGAGGCUGCAAGAAAAAUUCAGUCCUAAUAAAACCCAAGAAAGUGCAUUCAAAGAAGAAAUCUCUAAAAUGUAACGACUGUGGGAAAUUCUUUAGUCAAAGCUUAUCUCUUAAACUUCAUCAGAACUCUCAUACUAGAGAGAAGCCUUAUGAAUGCAGUAAUUGUAGAAAAGCUUUCAGACAGAUCUCAUCCCUUAUUCUUCAUCAGAAAAUUCACAAUGGAAGGAAAAGCUAUGAAUGUGAUAAAUGUGGGGAAAGCUUCAUUCAAAGAACAACCCUUAUUUUACAUGGGAGAAGUCACGAUGAAAAGGAAAUCUUUGACUGUGGGAAGGCCUUGAGUCAAUGCCAAUCUCUCAGUAUACAUCAGAACAUCCACCUUGUCCAAAAUGUCUACCAGUGCAGAAAAUGUGAGAAAGCCUUCAUUCGAAUGUCAUCUUUUUUACUUCAUAAGAAAAUUCACAAUGGAAAGAAAAUACAUAAAUGCAAUGAAUGUGGGAGAGGCUUCAGUAAGAAAUCCGUCCUUGUUAUACAUAAAAGAAUUCAUACUGGAGAGAAAACCCAUGAAAGUGAGAAGGCCUUAAGUCAGAGUUUACAGCAGCGAAGUCACCAUGUAGAGAAUCCUUAUAAAUGCAGAAAAUGUGGGAAAUUCUUUAAUAGGAUUUCAUCCAUUAUGCUUCAUCAGAGAAUUCACACUUCAAAGAAACCCUACAAAUGUGAUAAAUGUGAGAAGAUCUUCAUGCGGCUUUCAACCUUUACUCUACAUGUAAGAAUUCAUAAUAGAGAGAAACUAUACAGAUGUAAUAAAUGUGAGAAGGUCUGCAACCGGCAUUCAUCCCUUAUUCAACAUCAGAAAGUUCAUACAAAGAAAAAGAAACUGUUUGAAUGUAAGGAAUGCGGGAAGAUGUUUUCUGGCAUUGCCAACCUUAAAAUACAUCAAAACAUUCAUUCUGAAGAGAAACCUUUCAAAUGCAAUAAAUGUAGUAAAGUUUUUGGCCGCCAAUCAUUUCUUAUUGAACAUCAGAGAAUCCAUACUGGAGAAAAACCCUAUCAGUGUGAGGAAUGUGGGAAAGCCUUCAGUCACCGAAUAUCUCUUACUCGACAUAAGAGAAUUCAUACUGAAGAUAGACCCUAUGAAUGUGAUCAGUGUGGGAAGGCCUUCAGUCAGAGUGCACACCUCGCCCAACAUGAAAGAAUUCACACUGGAGAGAAACCAUAUACAUGCAAAACGUGUGGGAAGGCCUUUAGCCAGCGUACAUCCCUUAUUCUACAUGAAAGAAGUCAUACUGGAGAGAAACCCUAUGAGUGUAACGAAUGUGGGAAGGCAUUUAGCAGUGGCUCAGAUCUUAUUCGGCACCAGAGAAGUCAUUCUUCAGAGAAACCCUAUGAGUGUAGUAAAUGUGGGAAGGCAUAUAGUCGGAGCUCAUCCUUGAUUCGACAUCAGAAUACACAUUCUGAGGAAAAGGCUUAAGAUUGUUUUAAAUAUGUAAAAGCUAAGAGGGAGGCUAGCAAAGUAGCAGAGACACAGGCAUGGGAAAAUGCAUUUGUCUAUAACAUAAAUUGUGUAAAAAUGGGACAGUGUGAUGGUGUGUCCCACUUUGAAACCCAAAGAGCAAAAGUCAUUGGUGAUUUUGACCUGAGUAUUUGAAAUCAACUGAGGCAGUGACUUUACCAUAGGUCUUUGUUUCAAAAUAGCAAGCUCAGAUGAUUGGAUCAGUCAUUUUUAAUGAAGAGCAUUCUUCAUUUGAUAAAAAUAACUGGUACUUUAUUUCCAAUGUAAUUUUAAAGCUAUUUCAUUGGUUAUGUACAACAAAGUGAAUUGUAAAUCCAUUUUUCUGGAUGGAGCUGUGAGCCUGAUUUAAGGUAACAUGAAGAAAGAGUUUGAGUUUGUCCCUUAGAACUAGAAGUAUCACACAGAAGGGAUUUCCUCACAAACCAGGGUGCCAUUUUCAGCUGGCAGAAACUUCUGGUUGAGAAUAAAGAAGAUUGAGUAAAGAUAGCACUCAUAAUUGUGUGAAGCAAUAGAGUCAUUACCAUACUGUCUCUAUGGAUAUGAAGACAUAUGAUCUUAAUGGUGUGAAAAAUCUAACAAGCCUGGGACAAGCUAAUGAAAAAAAAAACAGGAUGUAUUGAAGAAUGAGGAACUUCAGAACAAGGAGAAAUCAUUUGUUAUUGUUUUGUUUGAAAAUGAAUUUAUAUUUAUAUGAAUAAACAUUGGUAUUUUCAUGUGAAAACACUGGUGUACAAGUGAUUGGUGGAGAAUGGGAUGUCAUGGACUGAAUGUGUCCUCCCAAAAUUCGUUUGUUAAAACCCUAAUCCCCAAUGUGAUUGUAUUUGGAAUUGAGGCCUUUGGGAGAUAAUAAGGGUUAGA